AUGCCAGCCGCCUCAUCCUUGAACCACUCUUCGACCCCCGCCACCGCCACCGCCACCAACACCACCACCACGCCCGCUGCCCCUUCGCAACGUUCGCAGCGCCCGCGCGACCGGCAGAGGACGCUUCAGGCCUGCAUCGAGUGCAAGGAUCGCAAGCAGAGAUGCGAGUUUGACCAGCCCUCGGAUUCUCGCCACGCUGCAAUCGCAGCAUGCAGGCGAUGCCAGAGGUACCGACUGCCCUGCCGCGGCGGCCGCCACCGUGCCCGCCCUAGUGCCUCGUCGGCCGCACCGCCUUCCGCCCUCUCACCCUCGUCGUCCGCGUCCGCAGCUGCUGACCCACCAGCGAACAGUGCCACGAUGGCGACCUCGCCGGCAUCCGCAUCGUCCGCCUCGACCGCCAUGACGAGUGGCGGCCACCCAGUUCAGCAGGGCCACCGUCACGACCUCGCCUCGACCGACCCGCCAUGGCAGCCAGAUCGGGUCCCCCGGAUGCGCCCGCGCUCUCCGCCUUCCCACCACCAGCCCAACCCGCACCAUGACUCCUAUCCACACCCGCACAACUAUCAGCCACAUCGCCAACAACACGGCCAUCACGACCAGCCGCACCCUCCCCAAUAUGCCCACCCGCAGCAGCAGCAGCAGCAGCAGCACCACCACCACCACCACCACCACAUCGUCCACACGGACGCCUCGGCCGCCUCGUCGUCGCCCAGCCACGCCUCGCCCGAAACGGCCGAGCCGCGCGACUCCAACACCCGGUACAAUGGCUUCACCGCCAUGUCGCAGCACGUCUUUUGGUGCCUAGGCGAGGUCUGUCCCGCCCUCCGCGACUGGGACCAGCGGCAGGCCCACAUCCGCCUGCGUCGGCCGCCCGGCCUCGCUCGACCUCCGCUCCAGCUUACCCGCGCCGCCCACGACCACGACUCGCUCUCCUCGCCCUCGAUCCACCGCGACUUGGCCAGGCAGCGCGGCGUCUCGGCCAGGAUCCUCGCCACCGCCGUCUGCUCGCUCUUUGCACACUUCGCCGCCAACAUUAUGCCCGUCUUUCCCGUCCUUUCCGACGACGACGCCCAGGCCGAGAUGCUGGCCGCACUGCAGGCGCCCUCGCUCGAUCAGAUGGAUCCGGACGUCGACAUCUGGCUCAAGCAGCGCAGCGGCGCGCCGCCCCUCUCGCUCCUCGCGCUCGUCAUCUGCGCCAUCAGCUCCCUCUCCCGCUCCCGUCCACUCGACGAGCGACGCGCCAUCGUCUACGCCCUGCGCGACCGCCUCCGGGCCGGCGAGGGCCUCCAGCUGCUCCUGCGCACCUCUCUUCGAAACAUCCAGACGCUUCUCCUUCUCUCGCUCACCCCCGAGCUCCUCUCCGAGUCGAGCACCGAGGCGCACAGCCUGCUGUGGAUGUACGCCGGCGCCGCCUUCCGCAUGGCCCUCGACCUCGGCUUCCACCGCCACAAGCACCUCAGCGCCCUCUCGCCCGUCAUCAGCGGCGGCGACGCCCGAGAGCGCGCGUGGAAGUGCUGCAUCCUCGUCGACGCCUUCCACGCUGCAGGCUUCGGUCAGCCUCCAACCAUUGCUUCUGAGCUUGCCCUCGAAGAUGCCGCGAGCGGAUAUGGCGCGCCGUUCGGGUCGUUCGACUCCAUCUACGAUAUCGCACAAGUCAGUCGUCUGCUGUACAUCACCAUCAACGGAGGAUCGCCCGAUGAAGAGCACCCGCGUGAGGCGGUUCCGGACCAAGUCGUCGCCCGCAUGCAGUACUGGAACGCCAAGGCCAACGAGUCGGCGCACGAAGCCCUCGAGACGCUGCCGCCCUGCGCCGUCUUUGCACGGCUGCUGCUGCUCUUGACCGAGUUCAAUCUGUGGCGCUACGCCGAGGAACAGAGGCACGACCGUCGGCAGCGACCUCUGUGGGGGCCGUCGCUGCCGGAGCUCAUGCACCGAGCCGAUGCGCUGCUCCACUGCUUCCAGCGCCACCACCUCGCCCUGCUCGACAGUCACAUGAUCGGCUUCAACGCCAUCACUGUCGCGACGCUCCUCGCCGCCCUCGACUGCCUCUGCGCCGGAAAGAUCCGAAGGUCGCUGACCGAGGCCGAGCUCUGCUUUGCGGCAUGGGCCGACGCCGCCGUCACAGACGAGCCGGUACCCCACCGCGAGGGUAGGCUGCGCGACAAGCUCUUGCGCGUCAUGCAGCUCGUCGCUACCGCCGUUCGCCACGAGCUCGGGGCAACCGACCACCAGCCGCCCACGACAGGCGCAGCCAGCGCAGGGGCGGGUGCCAACGGCCAGACCACGGCGAUGACCGGCCCGGACCAGGCCGCGGCGGCCCACGGCUUUUCCUCGUUCUCCACCGCCUUUCCCGCAUUCGCGACGGGCGUCGGCACGGGAGCGCCCGGCGCCGGCGACGCCGACGAGCUUCCCUGGCAUCUCCUCGACGAGACCCUUUCGAUCUUUGAUCAGUGGCCCCAGAUGUCGGACCAGGUCACCACUGUCCACGCCGCCACACCCGCCGCAGCCGCCGCUGUUCCCGGCGGGGCGCUUCCAGCUAACACCUCGCCGGGCGACGAGAUGCACUUGAUACCCCGCUUCUUCCAUUGA